GUGGCUUUAGUGGUGUAAACACGUACAUAAUGUUGUGCAAUUUUCAUUAAUCAAAAAAUUAUUUUUUUUUUUAUAAUUAAUACAAUAAUUUCCAAUAAAAUUUUAUUGCAUAUUCAAAUUUACCAUAGAAUAAUCUAUAGGUAUUUAUUUUUGACAAUAUAAAAUACUAUCAAUAUAAAUAUUAAUAAUUAUUAUUAAUAUAAAUAUUAGAAUUUAACAGAAUUGAGCUUUAAAAUCAACUAUAGUUAUUACUGGUUAAUAAACGUCAAAAAAAUAAAUAACCGGCUAAUUAACAGCUGUACUGACAGUUGUGUUUACUGUUCAAGUUUUACAACUCUGCUGGUCAGUCUGAUUGAGUCUGAUCUUCUUGGGUUUAUAAAAAACAAGAAGAUGCUGCGUUUAACAUUGUUGAUGAGACAAACCAGUCUGUCAAAUGGCAGACUGGGUAUUGCUGGUAUAAAAACAACAGCAAAAACAUUACAAGCUAAUCAAGAUUUAAUUGAAGUAUUUAUUGAUGAUAAACCAGUUCAUGUACCACCUGGUACAACAGUACUACAAGCAGCAGCUAAAAUUGGUAUUGAAAUACCAAGAUUUUGUUAUCAUGAACGUUUAGCUGUAGCUGGUAAUUGUCGUAUGUGUCUUGUUGAAAUUGAAAAACAAAUGAAACCAGUUGCUGCUUGUGCAAUGCCUGUUAUGAAAGGUUGGCGUAUUAAAACAAAUUCUGAUUUAACACGUAAAGCACGUGAAGGUGUUAUGGAAUUUUUACUUGUUAAUCAUCCACUUGAUUGUCCAAUAUGUGAUCAAGGUGGUGAAUGUGAUUUACAAGAUCAAAGUAUGGCAUUUGGUAGUGAUCGUUCACGUUUUACUGAUAUUGAAUUUACUGGUAAACGUGCUGUUGAAGAUAAAGAUAUUGGUCCACUUGUUAAAACAACAAUGACACGUUGUAUACAUUGUACAAGAUGCAUUAGAUUUGCAUCUGAAAUUGCUGGUAUUGAUGAUCUUGGAACAACUGGACGUGGAAAUGAUAUGCAAGUUGGAACAUAUGUUGAAAAAAUGUUUUUAUCUGAAUUAUCUGGUAAUAUUAUUGAUCUUUGUCCAGUUGGAGCAUUAACAAGUAAACCAUAUGCAUUUGUUGCAAGACCAUGGGAAACAAGAAGAACAGAUAGCAUUGAUAUUUCUGAUGCUGUUGGUAGUAAUAUUGUUUUAUCAAGUAGAACUGGUGAAGUAUUACGUGUUUUACCUCGUGUUAAUGAAGAAGUCAAUGAAGAAUGGAUAUCAGACAAAGCUAGAUUUGCAUAUGAUGGUUUAAAACGUCAACGUUUAAUAACACCAAUGAUUAGAAUUAAUGAUAAAUUAACAAAUGUUGAAUGGGAAGAUGCACUUCUUGCUGCUGCUCGUGCUCUUCAUAAUGUACCAUCUGGUAAAAGUGCUGUUAUUGCUGGUAAACUUGCAGAUGCUGAGGCUCUUAUAACUAUGAAAGAUUUACUUAAUAAAUUGGGUGGUGAAACACUGUCAACUGAACAAAAGUUUCCAAAUGAAGGAUCAGGCAUUGAUUUUAGAAGUAACUAUUUAUUAAAUAAUAAAAUACAAAAUGUUGAAGAAGCUGAUGUUGUUAUUCUCAUUGGUACUAAUCCAAGAUAUGAAGCACCACUUGUAAAUACUAGAUUGAGAAAAGGAUAUCUUCAUGGUGAACAAAAUAUUGCAUUGAUUGGACCAAAAGUUGAUCUCACUUAUGACUACGAGCAUUUGGGAGAAUCACCAAGUAUUAUUGAUCAACUUAAAAAUGGACAAGUAUUUAGCUCAGCACUGAAAAAUGCUAAAAAACCAAUGAUUAUUUUGGGUGCUGAUCAAUUAACAAGAAAAGAUGGGGCUAAAAUUUUAUCAGCAACUCAAGAAUUGGCAAAAACUCUUGGAGAUAACGCGAAAACUCCAGCUGAUUGGAAAGUAUUGAAUGUGUUGCACACAAAUGCAUCACAAGUUGCUGCACUUGAUCUUGGCUACUGCAAUACCCUGGAAUGUAUAAAAACUCAACAACCAAAAGUACUAUUUCUCCUUGGUGCUGAUGAUGCAAAUAUAAAAAAAGAAGAUUAUCCAAAUACAUUUAUUAUUUAUAUUGGUAGUCAUGGUGAUAAUGGUGCAACAAUUGCUGAUGUUGUACUUGCUGGUGCAGCAUAUACUGAAAAAACUGGUACGUAUUCAAAUACAGAAGGUAGAGCACAACAAACUGGAGCAGCAAUAACACCACCUGGAUUAGCAAGACCAGACUGGAAAAUAAUACGUGCAUUGGCUGAAUUUUCUGGUGUUGAAUUACCAUAUGACACGAUACAAGAUGUACGUGCUAGACUUGAAGAAGUUGCACCACACUUGGUUAGAUAUGGUGAAGUUGAACCAGCAAAUUUCUUUGCUCAAGCACUUGAGUUAUCAAAGAAAACUGGUGGUACUUUUCUACAAGAUCCAGUUGAUAUUAAACAAAAAACACUUGAUCAAUUCUUUAUGACUGAUGUUAUAUCAAGAGCAUCACCAACAAUGGCCAAGUGCAUACAGGCUGUUGUCAAACAACAAACUGCUCAGGCUUAAUUGAAAUAUAUUUAUAAACCCUUUUUUUUUUUUUUCUUUAAAUAAAAUUAUGUAUAGUUAAAAAGAAUUUUGUUGUCGAUAAUUUUAAAACAAUAGUCAGUAAAUAUAACUGACAUCUAUAUAGUUAGUCGUUUAAUAUUAUUAGUAAAUAAAACUCUUGAAAUUAAUAUUUUAA